GGCGGCCGCGCUCGCGAUCAUGGGUGAGAAGCUGGAACUGAGGCUCAAGUCGCCCGUGGGAGCCGAGCCCGCCGUGUACCCGUGGCCCCUGCCGGUCUAUGACAAACAUCAUGAUGCUGCUCAUGAAAUCAUUGAGACCAUUCGAUGGGUCUGCGAAGAAAUACCGGAUCUCAAGCUUGCCAUGGAAAAUUAUGUUUUAAUUGACUAUGAUACCAAAAGCUUUGAAAGCAUGCAGAGACUCUGUGACAAGUACAACCGAGCCAUUGAUAGCAUUCAUCAGCUGUGGAAAGGAACCACCCAGCCCAUGAAAUUGAACACUCGGCCAUCCAAUGGGCUUCUUCGACAUAUCUUGCAGCAAGUGUAUAACCACUCAGUCACAGAUCCAGAGAAACUCAACAACUAUGAGCCUUUUUCUCCAGAGGUGUAUGGAGAAACUUCAUUCGACUUAGUUGCCCAAAUGAUUGAUGAGAUUAAAAUGACAGAGGAUGAUCUGUUUGUUGAUUUGGGCAGUGGAGUGGGGCAGGUGGUUUUGCAAGUGGCUGCAGCCACAAACUGCAAGCAUCACUAUGGUGUGGAGAAAGCAGACAUCCCAGCGAAGUAUGCUGAGACAAUGGACAAAGAAUUCAGGAAAUGGAUGAAAUGGUAUGGGAAGAAGCAUGCAGAAUACACACUGGAAAGAGGUGACUUCCUUUCAGAAGAAUGGCGGGAAAGAAUUGCAAACACAAGUGUUAUUUUUGUGAAUAAUUUUGCCUUUGGUCCUGAGGUGGAUCACCAACUGAAGGAGCGAUUUGCUAACAUGAAGGAAGGUGGCAGAAUCGUGUCCUCCAAACCUUUUGCACCUCUAAACUUUAGAAUAAACAGUAGAAACUUGAGUGAUAUUGGCACUAUAAUGAGAGUUGUGGAGCUAUCACCACUGAAAGGGUCGGUUUCAUGGACUGGCAAGCCAGUUUCUUACUACCUGCAUACUAUUGAUCGAACCAUACUUGAAAACUAUUUUUCUAGUCUCAAAAAUCCUAAACUCAGGGAGGAGCAGGAGGCAGCCCGCCGCCGACAGCAAAGAGAAAGCAAGAGCAACACGACGACUCCAACCAAGGUCCAGGAGAGCAAGGGAGCCGUUGCCUUGGAGCCUCGAGUGGAUUCUGGUGCUGAGGAAGAUAAAAAUGGGACGGCUGCUCUUAAAAAGCCAUCUCCUUCCAAGCCUCGCAAAAAGAAAUUAAACAAAAAAGGAAGGAAGCUGGCAGGAAGAAAACGUGGACGCCCCAAGAAAAUGAGUGCUGCAAACCCUGAACGGAAACCCAAGAAGACCCCAACUGCACUGGAGCUUCUGCAUGCUCAGACUGUGUCCCAGGCAGCUGCAUCCUCCCCUCAGGAUGCAUACAAGUCACCUCAUAGUCCAUAUUAUCAACUACCUCCUAAAGUACAACGGCAUUCCUCCAACCAGCUCUUGGCAACUCCAACCCCGCCUGCACUGCAGAAGCUGUUAGAAUCAUUUAAGGUUCAGUACCUGCAGUUCCUGGCCUACAUGAAAACCCCUCAGUACAAGGCAAACCUACAGCAGUUGGUGGAGCAGGAGAAGGAAAAGAACACUCAGUUGUUAGGUACAGCCCAGCAGUUGUUCAGCCACUGUCAGGCUCAAAAAGAGGAGAUCAAGAGACUGUUUCAACAGAAACUUGAUGAGUUGGGAGUUAAGGCUCUGACCUACAACGAUCUGAUACAAGCUCAGAAAGAGAUCUCUGCUCACAACCAACAGCUAAAAGAACAGACAAAGCAGCUAGAAAGUGAUAACAGUGAACUCAGGAACCAAAGCUUGCAGCUGCUUAAGGCUCGGUGUGAAGAGCUGAAGCUGGAUUGGUCUACUCUCUCACUGGAAAAUUUGCUGAAGGAGAAGCAGGCACUGAAGAACCAAAUUUCUGAGAAGCAAAAGCACUGUCUGGAACUUCAGAUCAGCAUUGUGGAGCUUGAGAAAAGCCAAAGGCAGCAGGAACUACUGCAGCUGAAAUCCUACGCGCCAGCUGAUGAGGCCCUGUCCGUCCACCUUCGAAGUAAAAGCAGUUUCAGCCGAGAGCUGGAGACUGACCCUGCCAGGUUCCAGCUGGAGCUGGAAUGCUCCAAGUUGUCCUUGCCCCACCUCAAUAGCAUGAGCCCCGAACUCUCUAUGAAUGGCCAUGCAACCACCUAUGAGAUUCAUAGUAUGCUUAGCCGACCUUCUUCCAAACAAAACACUCCACAGUAUCUGACCUCUCACCUGGACCAAGAAAUAGUUCCUUGUACCCCCAUUCAUAACAACAGACAGAAGGCAGACAAGCUGUCAAGUUUGUCCUUACCUGAUUACACCAGGUAUUCCCCUGCUAAGUUAGCCCUAAGGAGACACUUGAAUCAGGAUCAUGUAGUCCAUGGAAAAGCUACAGCUAAUGAAAUACACCACAGAGCUGAACAUGCAAAAGAGAAUGGCCUGACAUAUCAGAGUCCUGGUAUGUCAAAUGGCCUAAAGCUGAGCCCUCAGGAAACUCGGCCUUCCUCCCCCUCGGCCUUACAGAUUGCAGGAGAGAAGAGCAGUGACAAGGUUUUAAAAGAGCGAGCCUAUGCCAGCAAUGGAGAAACAAUCACCAGCCUCCCUAUCAGUAUUCCUCUGAGCACAGUGCAGCCCAAUAAGCUUCCUGUCAGUAUCCCAUUGGCCAGUGUAGUGUUGCCUAGCCGUGCGGAGAAAGUGAGGAACACACCUAGUCCAGUUCAUCAGAAUCGAGAAUCUACUUCAGCAACACUUGAAAAACAGUUUGGUGCUAAUUCCCAUAAUGGUAUGAACAGUGCUGUAGGAAGCAAGUCCCUUGCUUUGGCUACCUCAGGUUUUUCUUAUAGUGGCUCCUUGGCAGUCAAUGGCACGCUUCCCAGUAGCCCAGCCCAUCUUAGCCAUGGUGCUGAGCAGGCAGCCCUAGAUGAUUCCUCCAAUUCAGGGAGCCUCUUUAAUUCAGUGGGUUCACGGAGUUCUACGCCACAGCAUCCUUCUUUACUCAUGAUGCAGUCCCGGAACUCUGGCCAGAACUCUCCAGCCCACCCACUUGCUGCCAGCCCACGCCUCAAUGGAGCUUCUCAAAGCAUGAUGGGGAUUUUGCAGUACUCGGAUACUACGAAAUUGUUCUCUGAAGGUAACAAGGGGGAUCUUCCACUAGAUUCAGGCUUUUCAGAUCCUGAAAAUGAAGUCAAGAGAAGAAUCCUCUUUACAAUCUCGACCAAUACAGGGAACCUGAAGCAGUCUCCUUCCAACAAACACAGUCCUCUGACAGCUAGCAUCCGCACAGACUGUGGACAGGCUUGUGUGCAGGAGGGCAAGAAGAGGGGCAGAAGGAAGCGGUCUUCCACAGGGAACCCUAGUGCGAACUCUGCGGUAUCUCCCAAGCGCAAGCCCCUACCAUCGGUGGCAGGCCUCUUCACCCAGUCUUCAGGCUCACCCCUCAACAUCAACUCUAUGGUCAAUAACAUUAAUCAGCCUUUAGAAAUAACAGCCAUUUCCUCCCCUGAAAACUCCCUGAAGAACUCUCCUAUUCCUUACCAGGACAACGACCAGCCUCCUGUGCUGAAAAAGGAGAAGCCCCUGAUCCAGACGAAUGGGGCGCACUACUCACCCCUGACCUCGGAUGAAGAGCAGGGAUCCGAAGACGAGCACAACAGCAUCAGGAUUGAAAGGAAAAUCGCAACAAUAUCUUUAGAGAGCAAGUCUCCCCAGAAAACAGAAAAUGGUGGUGGCCUUCCAGGAAGGAAGCAAACCCAACUAACUGAAGGUAUCAACAGUAGUAAAUGGAAGUCUACCUUUUCACCAAUAUCAGACAUCAACCUUACCAAAACAUCCGACAGCCCCUUACAGGCAGCUUCGUCCCUGAGCCAGAAUUCCCUGUUUGCCUUCCGGCCGUCCUCAGAGGAUACGAUGGCUAUUGACGCCAAGGUCUCUGUGCACACGAGGAAAAACUUCCCCGGUUCACUGUCAGGGACGGAUGGUCUCAGCCCCAACACAAACUCCUCCAAUGGUUUCUCCUAUGCCGGGGGCCUGUCUGCUGCUGAUGUGAGUUUACACAGCUUUCACGAUGGUGCUUCUCUUUCUCACAAGACCACCGAGGUGGCCGGCUUGACCUCCCCUCUGGGUUUUCAGGCACAGCGGAGCAAAGACGGCUCAGACGCCAACCCUUUUCUGAACAAGAGGCAGCUGGACGGCCUAGGAAGUAUGAAGGGGGAAGAGCUACAGAGGGCUGGAGGCCGAAGCAAAGAGGUGCUCGACGUGGGCCUGCAGCUGGGGGGCCCCUCUGAAAAGAGCUCCCUGCAGCACGGUGGCAAGGCUGGCAAAGGACGGGACCGGGACUUGGAGUUUAAAAAUGGCCACAAUCUUUUCAUUUCUGCUGCCGCCGCCGCCGUGCCUCCUGGGGGCCUCCUCAAUGGCAAAGGCCUUUCCAGCGCGGCCUCUGCGGCCGGCCACCCCACUUCUUCUGUUUCGGCGCACCACCCUUUCCUAAACACUUUCACCACUGGAUCCCAGUUUCCCUUGGGCCCUAUGUCCCUGCAGGCCAACCUCAGCUCAGUGGCAGGCUCUUCAGUAUUGCAGUCUUUAUUUAAUUCCAUGCCUGCUGCUGCCAGUUUGGUCCACGUGUCGUCGGCUGCGACCAGAUUGACAAAUUCUCACGCUAUGGGAAACUUCUCUUCUGGGGUUACAGGUGGAACAGUUGGAGGUAACUAGAAUUUCUACCUCAACCCCAUGUGACCUAUGCAAGGACGCCGUGGACCAACUCACUCAGCUUCCACUGAAAGGUGCUCACCUGGCCUGCAAGGGUUUCAACUCACAAACUACUGGAUGACAGCGCAAACAAAAAAAAUUUUUUAAGUACGACAGAAUAAAGAAUAUUCUACUGUGAAUCGGAGUUUAAAAAAAAAACUGCGGAAGAAAUGACUUAAAGGCUCCAGUUUGUAUUGUUGAUAGUUUUAGAUAAAGUAUUUAUCAUUUUUUAAAAAGUAAAAACAAUUUUGACUUAUUUUAUUCCAUCUAAGUCGUAAAAGGCAACUUAUUAAGAAGAUAUAAAUAACUAUAUAUAAGAAUAUAUAUAAAUAAAUAAGAUAUAUAUAAAGGACUGGCACACCAGCAGAGAUGUCCACAGCUUGUUCUCGGUGCUAUUUCAUCCAUCAGAACUGUGCCUCUGUAGUUCUCCUUGGUGCUGACUUUCGAGGGUUGACCAAUGCCAAAUACAGUUCUUGGGAAAGUCUGCUUUAUUUAUUGAAGUCACUCUGUUCAUUUACCAAAGGCUUUACCUGUCCUGAAAAAGUGAGGGCAAAAAAGUUGAUGUGUGGGUUUGGGGCCUUGGUGGUUUUUAUUUGUUUGUUUUUGUUUUUAAAAACAACUCCCUUAAGCAACUGUGUAUGUUUGACCACUGUUUUCCACCUUCUCGACCAGCUGCUAGGCCACCUGGUCUUUAGUCCUUGUUACCAUCCUACCAAACAGUUCAUCUUGAACUGAGAAUACCUUAAAGCUAGUUCCAUUAAAUGUUUUCCUUGUCUCCCACACAUGCCCUCAUCACUGAGUUCCCCUGUCACUGUGAAUUUUACCUGCUAUACUGUUAAUUCUUUUAGCCCUUUAUUUUGGGGAUGUCAUUGGCAUAUGAACAGGGUGCAUAUUUACUGGUGUUGGUCAGGCCCGUUUUAAUUCUUCAUGGCAACAUUGGACAUUAAUUCCUAAGCUGGGGCAAGUUUUGAUUUCUCAGCUUUUGUUGUUUUUGUUCAAAGUACUCUGUAUUUUGUUCAUAAUUUUUUGAUACUUGACCCCCAGAUGGCUUGGCCUUUGUACUAAGUGCAUUUGCUUUUUUAUUUCUUUGCUUUUCAGUAGGUUUAAAUGGUGGUUCUCUCACAUACACACAAACACACAUACACACACAAAUCCCACACAGCUAUCUUAUUACGCACCGAUCUGAUGAUGUGGCAACAAAUUACUUGUCUUGUGACCUGGUGUUCUGUGUACAGAAAAGUGUCACGCUAUGGAAGUGACAGUAUUUUAUAGAGAUAUGAUGAAAAUUUAUAAAUUUCAUAUACUUGAUUUCAUUUAUUUUUAGAUUGUAUAAUGCACAGUAAACUUUUAAAAAAAGAGAGAGAAAAAAUUACAAAACAUUUUUAUUUAUUCAAGUGCACAAAAAAGGGUAUGGGUUCCAUUUUUAAGCUUCUCAUUUUGAGACUAGGUAUCAUGAAUUGGACCAAGUACUCAGAUAGGAAACGGCAAUAACCAUGAAUGGCAGUAGUAUAUCGACUAGGCCCAGUGUACCCCUGCCUAAGCAAGUGUUCAGUCAUGGCAGGCAGAGGCUUUUGAAGCCUUUUGGCCUCCUUGGAUUCAUUCCUACAAAACUUAACUGAAGCAUCCUGUUUUCAUACGCAGACCUGGGAUGGAGAAACAUGUUUCUUCCUCAGCUGUUCUUACCUACCUUGGUUGAUUUCUUCUGCUUGGCCACAUCGUGUUAGGCUUCAUCAGUUAAUUGGUAAUGAAUUAAAUGCCUAAUCCUGAUAAUAUUUCUUCUUAUUUGUGUCUCUCUGAAUCAGGUUCUUGCUUACAACCCAGCAUGCCGUGUCUGGGAAUGUUCUCAGUGUAGAGUUGUAUUUAGAAUCCAGUUGCUGGAUUAGGUAUUCCAAGCUUUAGCCUCUGCUACAGAAUUUCCCCAGCUGGUGAUUCUCCCUGUUCUUCAACUCUCGUCUCUCUUCCCCCCACCCCCCAUUCCUGCACUGAGCCAUGGGGACGUGAAGGUUUCAUUGUCGAUACUCAGCAAAAGUGAGCAGGUUGAGUCGGACUGUUGGGAAGAAGUGAGCAGAGGAGGAGCUGGAAAAGAUACUCAGAAGGGCAGUAGACGUGGUAGCUUCUAGUAGAAGCUAAGAAUAUUCCCUGGAAUCCAGGAAGUCAUGAAGUGAAGCCUAGGAACUCAUGACCAUCAGAGAGGCAAAUCCCCUAGCACAGCUUCUGUGGAAGCCCAAACUUGGAUUCGAGUCUUUGGAGCCUUGAGGCUUGGGGAAACUCAUCAGAAAGGAAUGUCCUCAGGUAGCGUUGAGGGCGACCUCAUUGUGCUGUCUCUUGACAUUAUAGAUAGAACUGGUGUCUUGUUAAAGUGGUGGAUGUGGGCUUGGAGAAGGGAGGGCAAUGUAAAAUGAUGAGGCCAUUACCAUUCCUUGUGGUUGGUAUACAUUGGGAUUCAAGAUAAGGAAAACGACUUCACCAUUGCCCAGAACAACUCAAGACUGAGGGUAGUCAGGGUCUGGGGGCAGAUCAAAAAUGUUCCCGUGUUGGAGUCCAACUGGUGACUGGAAUUAAGCAUGAGACUUUGGCAAACCUAAUUGUUAGUGAAUUUAUCAGUGUUUCUGGAUGAAAGGUGAGGCCCUUGGAGUUGGUCGGUUAGCUGGUUGUCUAGUCUCUGCCAGGAGGUUCAGCACCCCUGGCUCUCCCUGCCAUCCCUCUUCCCUCGGCCGCCUUUGCAUACCGAAUCCCAAGAGCAGUUCUGGUCGGAUGAUCAGCCUACAUGUUGAUGGCCUUGAGAAUGGUUUGUUUUUUAAAGGCUACUACAGAAAGCCUUUGGGGCUUGGGACAUCUGAGUACCUAAAGCACUGAAUCUGAUCGCUCAGCACCCUGGGCAUCUUUGCUGUUAGCCUUUGUUUUUACUGAAACCUGAUGCCAAGUGUGGAUGUUGGGAGGAUGCUGAGGAGGGGGGGAAGGAGGACAGCACGGGAUGCUUUUACCUGUAGAUAGCUUUAAUUUAGGCUUCUUGGCCUGAGGGUGAAUUGAAUGAAGCUGUUUUCUGGGAGGAAAAAAGGAAAUCAACUCUCCUGUUGGGAUUUCCCAGAGGCAGCCAGAGAGGUAGAAACGCGAGGCUAGAAAGACUCUUUUCUGCAGUGAUUCUCGGCUUUAUGACAGAGCCCUUCAGAACAGCUCCCAUGUGCUGAGUCUAGAUGGAUUCCUUUGUCAGCUAGAACCUUCCCCUGAACUUCAUGCAGGUGUCUGGGCGAGACACAAGCUUCGACUUUCUUUUCUCAGGAACUAGUUUAAAAUAGGAAAUGAAACCAUUAAAAUUGUACCUUGUAUUCCCAAAACUUUUAGAUCCUCAGAAUGUCAGUUAAUUAACAUCUAAAUUAAUAAAUACUCUUUAGAACGCAACCUUGUAAACCCCCUCGCUGAACAAAUCCGGUUUUGCUGGGGCCCCGCCAGUGCCAGUGGUGGGUGGUUUAAAAGAAUGUGACGGCUGCAGUGUUGGCUCUUCCCUCUGGUUCAGAACACUUGACCUACCCCCCAGCUUAUGGAGGGGGCGGGCGCACUAUUUGAUGAGAACCUAUAUGUCCUAAGAGCUUAAAGAUGCCAGGAGGCUCUUUGAGGGACGGUGGUGCUGAGCUUGCUCAGGUGACCGAUGUAGUGACAGAAAGUGUUUCCCAGUGCUUUUCCUCUCUCUGCUCUUUAAGGGGAUAGGAGGUGGCUGCAAACCCAUGAAGGUUGAGUGAACAGGCCAAGAGUAACAGGGUGUGUCCAGUUGGACAAGAAAGGCCUGAAAAGUGUAAGAUUCAGAUCCAUUGCUGUCUGUGGUCUGCCCCUUCCCCCACAAGAUUAAUUUAUUGAGCAGGAAUGAAGGAUGGCUGGCUUUCUUCGUCAGCUACCCUGGAGUCCAUGUUGAGAGGGGUCUUUUGGCUCCCUUUGAGCAUGUUGUUAAAGGCAUUCCUGCAUUGGGUGCUCUCAUAUGUUCAUAUAUAUGUUCUACACUUUUCAGAGCCAUUCCUAGCACUCCUAGUAAUUUCCCCCUGAAUAUGUUCUCUGGAAGAUUUCCUUUGUCUGUUUUCACCUUCAAUAGUCACUGGAGGGGUUUCCAUAAGUUGGUAGACAUUGGAGAGUUAAAGCUUCAGCAGGCCUUGAAUAAGGUCCCGUGGGUAUGGAUGUAGUUGGGCUCGGGGAGGGCAAGCAGCAUGGGAGUGCUCCUUCAAAAAGCUAGCAGACUGCCCCAAAAGACUUGGUCUAAUAUUGCAGUCUGCUGGAUGGGGAGAGCAUGUCGAGUUGGUAGGAGUGCCUCCAUCCCCCCCCCCCCCCUUUCUGCUCACCCUCCAGUGAGUUGCCAGAGGGUGACUGCUCCCUGUGAAGGCCUGGCGUGUUCAAGUAGCCAGAGGCAGUGCGGCAGUGACCACAGGGCACUGGGAGCCUGGACACUUGCUCUCUGGCAGGACUGGAGGGGCCCUCCCCCUCACCUUGGGGGUGGGGAACAGGAUUGGUUUGACCCUUUAGGGAGCUUACACACUUGAUUUGGGCUUUAGAGCAAAAGACCCAUUUUAAGAUGGUGCUAUGUAUCAGCUUUUAAAAAACAAACAAACUUAAUAUUCAAGAGGGAAGUCUCUCCUUCCUAUGAAGUAGGUGCUCUCCUUGCUCCCAGGUGCUAUGUGUGCUAUGGAUAGAUGAGCUCGAGAUCACCAAAUCCCAUUCUGCACGGGGUAGGCCUGUUGUUCUCUUCCUUGUGGCCUCCUAGCAUGUUCAAGUUUCUUGUCUCCAACUUCGGUGACCCGGCACCUUCCUUCCUCUCCCAGGUCCUUCCCCACCUCUUCCUGGCUGGAAGCCCUCCCCAGCAGGAGGCUUAGAGGAAAGAAGUCAGCAACCCCCUAAGUGAGAGUUUGGGAGUCCUGUGCUCCACACUGCACAGUCUAUGGAAUGGAGGCUGCUUGUGUUUCACAGACAUGUCGGAUGAAUUACUGUUUUGUGCCAUUUUUGUUUAUGCUUUCUACAUUAAAGAAAAACUGUACACACACACACACACACACACACACACACACACACACACACUCACUCUGACUUGAGUAUUGCAGCACAAGAUGUUACCGUGGCUAUCAGAACAUAACGCCUAAGAUUAAACUGAAUUAUACUCUCGGUAUAUGGCGUUUGUGAAAUUCUUUAGGGAUUGAAAAUUAUUUUUUUUCACUCCUUGAAGGAAAAAUAUGUGUGUCUCACUUUAGAUGCUGACAAAUAAUUAUAAUGUAUUGAACAUGAUUAACCCUUCAGGUUGCCCUGUGACUCUAAGGUACACCUGUAUGCUUCACUGAGAUUAGCCUUUCAUAAAAGUGCUUUUUAAGAAACCACGGGGGGAAGGGAAGAAUAGGAGAUCUUUAGCUCAUCAGAGAAUUUGGGCUUUGCAAUCCAUUUAGCUAAGUGGUCAACUUUGGCUUUUAUGCAUGGGAUUUCGAGCUGUUGGAGAGCAGAGGGUUUGUUUAGGUAAAUGAAGCGGGUCAUGAAAUAAAUGUUGCUUGGGAAUUGAUUUGUUAAACUUUUAAAUUAACAACUAAAACAAUCCCUUCCCCAGAAUGAAUUAAAAAACACACCCACACACUUCCCUCCCCACACCCACCUCUUGCUUAGGACAUGUGCUAUGGGAUGUUUCCUAGUCAAUAGGAAUUAGUUUAUAUGCUUUAGCCUACGAAUUUGUGACUUAUUUAAAAUUCAAAUUGUUUCCCUUAAUUUAUGUCAAUACAUUGUCAUUCCGUUCAUUUUUAGUAGGAAAUAGUUAAUCCUAAUCCUUUUCCCCUCUCAUGCUUGUAAUUAAUUCUUCACAAUUCAGAAUUUAAAAGGUUUUCCCUUCUAUUUCAGUUCCUCAUGUCUAUCUUAAUUUGUAAUUGAGAAGAUGCUUUUAAGUUUGCCUUUAUAUUAAAAUCUGUAUUUUAAAUGUGUGUAUCGCUGUGUUGCUUCCCUCUUCAGGCUGUUGGUUUAAGCAUCUUUUCCUAUGGGAAAUCCAUAACAUUCUCCAUUUCCACCUCUAGACUCAAAUAAAAAUAUUUAUUUUCA